AUGGCGUGCGUUUGCUUGCUGGAUGGCACAGAUGUGAUGACAACGGCGGAGUAUUCCCAGUGGCGGGACGAGCUGUGCAGACAGGAAGAUGUGGAUAGUCUCUUUGACACAUUGCGACGCCACCUGGCCAAGAGAUUGCUUUUGCCAAACUUCAGGCAGCUCGCGGUGGCUGGUGACAACGGCAUGAUGGGGUCAGGGAGUCUGUGGGGGAAUUCGUGUUUAACGGCCAUCAAGCGGCAGUAUGUUGAAGCAGAUGGUGUGGCAACUUGCAUUGACUUGCUGCAAGCGGCAGAAAGGGGUGACGCACAACAUGUGAUAGAGCUGUUGGAGAAGCCUUAUGAUCCCAAUGCUGCUGACAGAAACAGACAUUUCACACCUUUGUUAUAUGCUUCUGCAAAUGGUCAUCAGGCAGUUGUGCAGUGCUUGCUAGAUGCCGGUGCUGACAAGGAGAAGGCAGACAAUGAUGGCAUCACGCCAUUGCAUCUUGCUGCACGUCAUGGCCAUCAGGCAGUUGUGGAGUGCUUGCUGGCUGCCGGUGCUGACCAAGAGAAGGCAGACGAUGAUUGCACCACGUGGUUGCUGGAGGCCGGUGCUGACAAAGACGAGGCAAACAACGCGGGCGCCACAGCAUUGCGUUUUGCUGCAGAGCAGGGCCAUCAGGCAGUUGUGCAAUGCUUGGUUGAUGCCGGUGCUACAAGAGCAGGUGCUCCAACGUGA